UGACUAAAUAACGCGUAAUUCCAUAAAACUAAUAAAAUACCAUAUUCAAAUAAUUCUAUCAUAUUUUCAUUCUUCUCUAUAAAUUAAAAAUUCCAAAGAUAGCGAUAUAGAUCGACGCCGAUCACUUCUUGCGCACACACUACAAUCAUCAUCCAUAGAUCAAAACAAAAUGAGCGAGCGGGAACAAUAUGUGUUCCCAGUACGCAGUGUAUUUAAUAAUGGUAAUCCUGGUUUAGCUGAGAUCACUGGAGAUAUUCCAGAUGCUCAACCAGGAGAUAAGGAGGAGAGAGAUGGAGAUAUAUCUAGUCAUAGUCGACAUACUAGUUCAUCCAUUCAGUUGGAUACAUCAGAUAGUGAUACUUCGAAAGUUGAUAAACCUACAAAAUCACCAACUACUUAUCACGCUAAUUUCGAUAGGCGUAAAGGAGGCAGUGAGAAAGUUAGCUCAUCUGUUGGCCAUGACAGACCAGCUCCUAGGGGAAUUGACAGAAAUGUUCACCUUAAUGAUCCAAAUCAGCCACUCCCGGAGGACGAAGAGAUCGACACACAACCCUCUUCAAGUGACCCUUCCAGUGCUGAUUACGGACCUACAAAGCAAGAAGAAGAGAAAAGAGAGCUUGAUUACGUUCAGAGUAAGAUGGAAUUAUCAGAAGAAUCAGCUUCCACAGAUAGUGAAAGUUCUAACCUUAGUACUAGAAAACAACCAUCGACGGCAGCUGAAGCUAUGGAUUUACAUAAAGACAAAAUGAACAGGAUAAAAGAUCAUAAUAAGUCGGACCUUUCUUUGGAAAGCUUACCCUUCAAUUCACCGGAAGACGAAUCUUCCAUAAGUUCACUAGCAGAUGAAGAUGAACAAUUACCUACAACACGUCGUUUCAAGUAUUUCGAAGAGGAAGGUAAUUACUUUUUGAGAACGCAUCAUCAAUCAAAGAUGAAGAAAUGUGAAGAUGAGCCAAUAGGACGUCCAGGUGCUAUCCAACCAUUUGGUGCUAUGAUAGUAUUGCAAAAUGAUGACAACGGUAACUCACUGGUACGUCAAGCAUCUGAAAAUUGUCCUGAAAUUAUAGGAUGUUCACCUGAGUUCCUUUUCUCACUUACUUGUUUUACAACUAUCCUUGAUAAUGACAGUAGACUUAAAAUGAGGGAUGUUUUAUUCGACUUAGCAGUCGCAGAAGACUCCGAUUCAGAAGGCUCGUCGGAUGAGGGCGAAAAAGAGAAAGCUCAAUUUUUUGGCAUUACGGGCCGUGGAGAUGACAAUGUCGAUGACCAGUACAGUGAGAGUGAGCUAUCUGCGGAAAGUCAACAUAACAACGUCUGGUCUUGCUGGUGUGCCGUUCAUAAGCCUGACUUACCACGACCUCUCAACUCGCAUUAUCCUCCUCCAGAAGAAGUCUUUGGUAAACAGGGAUUAUUCAUAAUUGAACUUGAACCUGUCGUGUCUUUAAAAUAUCCAGCCUACGUAGAUGAGGUUUCAAAAUUACCUAAAGAGUUUGACAAUCGCGAUGCCAGGCCAGCGGAAUCACUGGAUUUAAACCUUAGUAAUAGUGACAACACACCAAAGUCAGGAGCUACACACGGUAGUGGUAGUACGACAGCUGCCUUGACCUCAAAUUCAGGUGCUGAUAGCAAAACUGGUACGAAUUUGUCAGGCGACACCGUCCAUGCUGUACCGAGUGCUGGUGGUGGUACAUUUCACUUGGAGACUGGUCAGCAACAAAAACAAACUCAGAAAGAAACGAAGCAACGUAUAAUGACUCACGAAGCGGAAUUUUCAGCACAUGGCAAUGAUAGUGUUUCUAUUGAGGAUAUACGUCGAAGUACGACAGCUCAUAAUAAACCCCUUAAAACGUUAUUGAGGAUUAGGAAAGCUGAUCGUGCACAUGAAACUCGUCAAAGGGUAGCUACUUUACUUGAAGAUAAUAAUAAAUCAGAUGAAGAUGAUGAAGCCGCAAAUAAACGUCGCAAAGCUCACAGAAGAUCACAAGCUAGAGCAAAGAUUCAAAGAAACAUGUCUAUGCCAGGAAGUUUAUCUUCGUUGGAUGUUGUCAGUCUACUUGGUGAAAUCAAUGAACAACUUAGCUCGGCGGAUAAUAUUCAGGAGUUAUUUGAUGUCACUGUUGGUAUUGUAAAAUCUUUAACUCAAUUCCACAGAAUUAUGUUAUACCAAUUCGAUCCUGAAUACAACGGUAAAGUCGUAGCUGAGUUAGUUGAAUGGCAAAGGAUGAAAGAUCUCUACUAUGGUUUACACUUUCCAGCCUCUGAUAUUCCCCCACAGGCCCGUGAAUUAUACAAAACAAAUAAAGUCCGUCAAUUGUAUAAUAGGGAUCAACUUACAGCAAGAAUGGUUGUAAGACACAAAAUCGAUUUGGCCUAUCCUUUGAAUAUGUCACAUUGUGCUCUAAGAGCAAUGUCACCUGUACAUCUCAAGUACUUGGAAAACAUGGAUGUGAGGGCAUCUCUCUCAAUAAGUAUCGUGGCCUUCGGUCAGUUGUAUGGUUUAGUAGCUUGUCAUAGUGGUGGUGAAAAUGGUAUGCGUGUAACUUUCCCAAUGCUACAAGUUCUCAAGUUACUGUCUGAUUCAAUAUCGCGUAAUGUUGAGAGACUGGCUUACACUCGUCGUCUUCAAUCAAGGAAGUUGAUUUCAACAGUACCAUCAGAUACCAACCCCGGUGGUUACAUCGCUUCAACGGCAUUUGAUUUACUUAGUAUUUUUGACGCUGACUACGGCCUCUUGUCGAUUGGUGAUACAAUGAAAAUAAUGGGUGAAUCAGACCGAAGCAGGGAGAUAGUCGCUAUUGGUGAAUUUUUGCGGAUGAAAGGCUUCGAUCAAUUAGUAUAUACAAACAAUAUCAGUAAGAAUUUCCCUGAAUUGAAACAGUCGGAUAGGAAAGAUGCGUUAGCUGGAUUACUUUGUAUUCCAUUAUCAAAUACUGGUAGUGAUUACAUAUGUUUCUUGCGGAAGGGUCAACUAUCAUCAGUCUCAUGGGCUGGUAAUCCUAACAAAAACGAUAAUGAAGCUUUACGUCCAAGGGCUAGUUUCAAGAAGUGGACUGAGAACGUUAUUCUAUCAGCGAAACAAUGGGAAGAUGAGCAACUCGAAACAGCUGGUGUUUUAGCUGUUGUUUAUGGUAAAUUUAUUGAAAUAUGGAGACAAAGAACAGAAGUCAGCAGAUCUAAUCAGCUUUCUCGUAUUUUGUUGUCAAACGCAUCACAUGAAGUUAGAACACCACUCAACCAUAUCAUAAAUUACGUUGAAUUAGCAUUAGAAGGUACAUUGGAUCCCGAAACUAGAGAAAAUUUAGUUCGUAGUAGAGAUGCCUCAAAGAGCUUGUUAUUCACUAUUAAUGACCUACUUGACCUUACGAAGGUUGAAUCAGGUCAAGAAGUUCUGUUUAAUGAACCAGUAAACUUAAAACACCUCGUCGUUGAAACAGUUCAAGAGUUUCAUCAAGAAGCGGAAAAGAGAGGUCUUACAGUCAAGGUUGAUAUUGAAAAGUCUUCAAUUCACGUAAUUAGUGAUCAUAGGAAGCUUCGCACUAUUUUUACAUCACUUGUCAGUAAUGCAAUUAAGUACAAUAAAGAAAAUGGAUCUGUUGGUGUUACAGUAACUGAAAUGGAACAAGAAUCAGAUAGUAGAGCAAAUAUUGCUCUUGUUGUACAAGAUGAUGGAAUCGGUAUCAAGAAGAAAAAGCUUGAGGCAUUGUUUACAGGAUUCGAAAGAGUGGAGCAACAAGGUACUGAAGGAGGAAGUAGCGAUAACAGUGAUGUACACCUUGGUUUAGGGUUGGCUUCGUGUGCAAGAGCAAUCGAGCAACUAGAUGGGCAGUUGAAGUGUUCUUCUGAACCUAACAAGGGUACCACAUUUACAGUGAUUAUACCAUUUAACCUACCAGAUAAACAAACUAUGGAUUCAGCGUCUAAUACUGAAAGUUCAGAUAGGUCUGAGCGUUCAUUUAGAAUUCGCUAUAAAAAUAGGAUGCCAAAGAAGGUAAACGCUGGCAGUGAGUCAACAAACCAAAGCAACAUUUCAGACGAACUUGAUCAUAUUGGACAACAAGUCAAGAGAAUGGAAAGGAAUGAACUUGAUUCAUUUGUUGAAGCUCUUGCUCCUUCAUCAAGAACAAACAAAACCAACUCAAAGAAUUCAAAGAAUUCUUACGGUUCCGGUAAAUCCGCUGCGCCGAAUGUAGACGUGAACCAACAGCAAAGUACUACGAAUGGUUCAAACUAUGCUAGUAGUAAAGAUAGUGCGGGUAGUUCUAAGAAGAAAUAUCGUAAAGGACGAUUCCAAGUACAAGACAGCGCUUAUCCGAUACGCGCUGGCCCGGGACAAGCAUCAUCCAUACCUCAGAGUGAUAUACAUUCAGUUUCAGAAGACAUUGAUGGAUUAAGAAUAAACGAUACUGAAAGUGUAGAUAGCAGAAACCAGUCGACUGCAAAAACACAUUCGGAAUAUAUAGCAGAUGAAAAGCCACCUAGAAUUAUCUACAUAGAUGAUGACCCGAUAAACCGCAAUAUACUCAAAAAGAAGUUAACUAAAAAUGAUAGAAGUAUAGUUGAACUGGCAAAUAAUGGUGACGCAGGUGCACAAGUUGUCAUAGAAGAUGAAGAAGGUUUUGACAUUGUUCUCAUGGACCUUCUCAUGCCAAUAAAGGAUGGAUAUGAGUCUUGUAAAGCAAUCAGGAAUGCUGAGAAGGAAGGAAAAAUAAAAAGUAGAAUUUGGCAUGAACUAAACGGCCGUCUACCGAUUUUUGCUGUCUCUGCAUCUAUAUCACCAAGUCAUCAUGGCGUUCUCAUAGAGAGUGGAUUUGAUGCUUUCUUCACUAAACCGAUCAACUUCGAUUUAUUGAGUAACAGACUGAUAGCAAGCUUAAUAGAUAAAGAAAAGUACUCCCAAAGUGUAUAUAAUGAGGAAUCUAGGGAAAGUUUCGAAAGAGGAGGUUUCUUAAGAAACAUACAAACGUUUAACGACAAUAACAUAUAAUUUUUUUUUUGCUUAGGGUAUGAUUUUU